UAUUUUCAGUCUAGACCCAGACUCGGGCUAUCAACCUCCUGCUCCGACACUUUUCGCUCCUGAUUUUACCCAGACCGAACCCAAUUAAUUACUCGACAAAACAAUUAAGAUAUGAAUAUUAAAUAACUGAUCGAAAGUGCUCGCUGGCUCAUCCCUCAUUCGCGUUGAUUAGAUUCCCUUCUUUUUUCGCUAAAAAAAAAUCGAGGACGAAGGAAGCUCCUCGAUAAUAUCUGCAGAAUGAAAAUUUCCACGUCGUUAUUUUCUCUGAUAACUUUAUUAGCUUCUUUUACACUCGCCAAGGAUAACGACCCUUACACAUGCGUGUGGUACGACCAAUGUUGGACCGAGGGAGAGACCGUCUACAAUUGUCCAGCUACGAACGGACCGCAAACUGUAAACGAAACCGCAGCCAGAGACAUACUUUACAACAGAUGUCCACAGUUUUUUAAGCACGAAAAUGAUGAUCCUGCCGUUUGCUGCACGGCUAAUCAGAUCGUGGACAUGGACGCGAGCAUGACGAUGGCCGAGGGGAUUCUUGGGAGGUGUAAAACUUGCACUAAAAACAUUUUCAGGUCAAUCUGCGAUUACAGCUGCGCUCCCGAUCAGUCGAGAUUCAUGGCGAUCACGAAAACGGAAACCGUCGAAGUGGUCAACAUUACUUACAUCACCGGAGUACAGGUCUAUUUGGAUAAAGAAUACGCGAACGGUACGUUCGAAUCUUGCAGACACAUUCUGCAUCCCGCGACUGGAAAUUUGGCUAUGGAUCUCGCCUGCGGAGCGAACGGGGCCAGCAGAUGCACCUACAAAUUGUGGUUCGAGUACAUGGGGACCUCCGAAGGUAACCCGUUCGUGCCGUACGACGUUCAGUACGUUUUCGAAGCUGAGGAAUCCAUUUCGACGAACAGUUCGCUGAGUCCUGGAUUCAAAUCUUGCGAUCAAGCAUACGACAACAAUUCCUUGGCGUGCAGUUGCGUGGACUGCGAAGCCAGUUGUACCAUAACGGAAUUACACGUGGACGGUGCAACUUCCGAAGAUUUUUCCAUCAACCGAUGGAGUAUUCUGGUUGGAAUCGUCGUCGUCCUCGUCAGCGCUGGUACCUCCGCGUCGAUAUUUUUCUGCCGGCGAAGAAGAUCGGCGAAACUACAACGAACGAGUUCGGGUCGUUCCUGCUGGCUGAGCUUCGGCAACGGCAUGGAUAAAAGUUUCGAAGCGAUCUUCAGGACGGUAGGAAUCGCGUUCGCCAGGCAGCCCGUCCUCUGUCUCUGCCUCUGGUCCUACAUAAUAAUUUUUCUGAGCUACGGCGUAACCAAAUUGGAGGUAACGACCAAUCCUAUCGAUAUUUGGGCAUCGCCCGACAGCCGAAGCAGAAUCGAAAUGGACUAUUUGGUGGAGAGAUUCCAGCCGUUCUACAGAACGGAACAGAUAUUCGUAAAAGCGGUUGGACUGGAUAACGUAAUUCACAACACUUCCGGCGGGGUCCUCGAGUUCGGUCCAGUUUUCAACCGUGAAUUUUUGAUGUCGGUUUUGGAACUUCACGAAAAAAUCACACAGAUCGGUCAGGACACCGGCGAAGGAUUGGAGAAGAUUUGCUACGCUCCCGUUCAAAACGAAUUUACCGGUCCGGCGACCCUUUCGCUUUGCACGAUCCAGAAUAUCUGGGGUUACUUUCAUUACGAUGUGGAGAAAUUCAACGCUACCGGAACAUCCGGAGGUUUCGAAACCAACUACCUCGACAAGUUUGCCCAAUGUUUCCAAAACGCCUACAACCCCGAAUGUUUGGCGCCGUACAACGGUCCCAUUUUGCCGGCUGUCGCGCUCGGUGGAUUUCUGGUUGACGGUCAGGAGCGUUACGAUUCGGACGACUACAUAAAAGCUACGGGUUUGGCGCUCACCUUCAUGGUCAAUAAUCACCAGAACGAAAAGGAGUUGGGCCCAGCUUUGGCCUGGGAGGCGAAAUUCAUGGAGUUUCUGAAAAACUGGGACGAGAACGAACGCCCCGAUUACAUGGAGAUAGCUUAUUUCACCGAGAGAUCCAUCGAGGACGAACUAGCCCGUGUGUCGGCGGCGGAAGUCCCCACGGUGGUCAUCAGCUACUGCGUCAUGUUCAUCUACAUAGCUCUCUCGUUGGGAAAAUUCACGCUUAGCGCGAAGUGCUUGGUUCACAGCAAAAUCAUGCUGAGCAUAGGCGGAAUAAUAAUCGUUCUGGCGUCCGUCGUUAACUCUAUAGGGAUAUUCGGCUACAUCGGACUACCGACGACCUUGCUGACCAUCGAGGUAAUACCGUUUUUGGUACUAGCCGUGGGAGUCGACAACAUUUUCAUAAUGGUUCAAACGCAUCAAAGAAAUCCACGUCGCACUCACGAAUCGAUCGUAGAUCACAUAGGUCGUGUCGUGGGGUCCGUCGGGCCCUCGAUGCUGUUGACGAGCGCGUCUGAAUGCCUGUGUUUCGUGAUCGGUAUGCUGUCGACCAUGCCGGCCGUCAGAACGUUCGCCAUGCAAGCGUCGGCUGCGAUAGCGUUGAACUUUUUGCUCCAGAUUUCGGCGUUCGUGAGUCUCCUGGCUUUGGACGCUGGAAGGGUCAAGAGCCACCGACUUGACGUCUGCUGCUGCUUGUCGCUGAAUUCCGACAAGGAAGACGAACUGGGCAAAGGAUUGAUCUACACGGUGAUCGAGAAGUUCUACUCACCGUUCCUGAUGCUCAAUUGGGUCAGGUAUUCGGUGAUCGCGCUUUUCACGGCGCUCCUAGUCGUCAGCGUCGUCGUUGCGCCCAACGUUGAAAUCGGACUCGAGCAGAAACUCGCCAUGCCCGAGGAUUCUUACGUCACGAAAUACUUCCAGUACAUGGAUGACUUACUUUCCACGGGUCCCCCCGUGUACUUCGUGGUAAAAGAAGGCUUGAAUUACACACGGGAGGAGGUUCAGAAUCUUAUAUGCGGUGGUCCCGGCUGCAACAACAACUCGUUGAGCACUCAGCUCUAUUCGGCGGCAAAGCAACCCUCGACAUCGUAUAUCCAGAGCUCGGCAAACUCUUGGUUGGACGAUUACUUCGACUGGACAACCAUCCGAGGAUGCUGCAAGUACUUCUACAGCAACGAUUCGUUCUGUCCUCAUACUCUAGGUUCUGAUCUAUGCGAUUUUUGCAACGUUACGACGAACGAACCGGGAAACAGACCCGACGCCGAAUCUAUGAGGACUUAUUUGAAUUACUUUUUAACCGACAGCGCGGACGAUUCCUGUGCCAAAGGAGGUUUGGCCAGUUACUCGGAUGCUGUCAACUACUACUACGACGAAUUCGGUAAGAUGGACGUCGGCGACAGUUACUUCACGACCUAUCACACUCCUUUGAAGAAAUCUUCCGAUUGGUUCGAGUCCCUGAGAGCUGCGAGAACGAUCGCCAAAAAUAUCGCUGACAUGAUAAACGCUGCCAACGUUUCCGACAAGGAAAUCGAAGUCUUUCCCUACAGCAUCUCCUACGUGUUCUACGAACAGUACUUGGAAAUAUGGUCGGAGACCGGAAAGUCCUUGGGUUUGUCGAUAGCCGUGGUGUUCGCCGUGACCUUUUUCCUUACCGGCCUGUCGAUUUUUUCCGCCUGCAUAGUCGGCGUGAAUGUCGUAAUGAUUGUGAUCAACAUGGGAGGACUUAUGUACUGGUGGAACGUGUCGCUGAACGCCGUGUCUCUGGUGAACCUGGUCGUGACGGUGGGAAUAUCUGUCGAAUUUUGUAGCCACAUGGUACAGUAUUACCUGAAAUCCAAGGCCGAAACGAGGGUCGAAAGGGCGUCCCUUACUCUCACCGAGAUGGGAAGCUCGGUAUUCUCAGGCAUUACUCUCACCAAAUUCGUUGGUGUGGUGGUGCUAGCUUUUGCGAAAUCUCAGAUAUUCCAGAUAUUCUUCUUCCGAAUGUAUCUGGGCAUCGUACUGAUCGGCGCCGCUCACGGUCUCAUAUUUUUACCCGUCCUCCUCAGUUUCAUUGGUCCAGAAAGCGUGAGCUGAGCGGAGUGUCCCUGUAAUCGAGGGAGCUCGAAACAUAGAAAUUUAUAUUCGAUUAGUUUACCUUAUUUAAAAAAAACGAAUUGUAAAUAAAAAGGAAAGAGAAAAUAAACGGAAAAAGAAAGGUGUAUAACAAAA